AUGGAGAUUAUCAUAUCUGUAUUCUUGUUAUUUGUGGGAAUUGCAAUUUCAGUAAUAAUACAUAUUUGUAUUGUUGGGAUGGCAUUUAGCAGAGGUUUUGGGGCUGAGGGUGUCCCUAUUAUUAAGGGCACACGCUUGACUCUUCAAGACCUUAAGAAAAUGCCAUGUUUCGAGUACAGCAAACAUUCUGUGGCAGAAAAAGGGACUCCUGCUGCUGCUACUGAUACUGCAAUUCUUGAUUGUGCUGUUUGUUUCGACAGUUUCAAGCUUGGUGAUUACUGCAGAAGUCUGCCUAAUUGUCACUACUACUUUCAUGUUCAGUGUGUUGAUAUUUAG